ACAGGUGUGAUGCUUGGCACCUGUUUAAUGUAUUUUAUGUGUUUGCGCUCCACAGUGAGGUAGACUAAUUUUGGACAUUUUUGCUCUUGUUGCGGGACUUUUUUGUUGUUGUUAUUAUUAUUUUUAAAUCUCGUUAGUUGUUGCUGCCCGUGUUGUCGUUCGAGCCCUGCCGUACCAACCAGGUUUUAAGGGCGUAAUUUUUCUCUCUCUCGCUUUUGCCAAGUGUCCGAGGAAUAUAUAUAUAUGUAUAUAUAUAUAUAUGUGUGUGGAGAAUGAUGCUGCUGCUGCUGGUGCUGGUGUCCACUCUUCGGCUGCUGCCUCUGAGCGAAGCGGCUCCCCCGCAGACCGAGAGGGAGGACACGGGGGUGGACUGGCUGAGCAAGUUUGGUUACCUCCCGCCCCCGGACCCUGUGACUGGCCAGCUUCAGACCAAGGAGGCCCUGACAAAGGCCAUCAAAGCCAUGCAGAAGUUCGGCGGGCUCAAGGAGACCGGAGUCUUCGACCAAGCCACAUUGGGACUAAUGAAAACCCCCAGAUGUUCUCUGCCUGAUGUGCCUGUGGCUGAGGGGACAAUGGGCCGCAGGAAACGCAGCCUGACCACUCAGAACAAAUGGACGAAGAGGCAUCUAUCUUGGAGAGUGAGGACGUUCCCAAAGGACUCGGCUUUACUGGGCAGGGACACCGUUCGAGCCCUCAUGUAUUACGCCUUGAAAGUCUGGAGUGACAUCGCACCUCUCAACUUCCACGAGGUGGCAGGAAGCGACGCCGACAUUCAGAUCGACUUCACUAAGGCCGACCACAAUGAUGGAUAUCCCUUUGACGGGCCCGGAGGCACAGUGGCCCAUGCUUUUUUCCCUGGAGAGAGGUUCACCGCUGGGGAUACGCACUUCGACGACGACGAGGCUUGGACCUUCAGAUCACCAGACUCUCACGGGAUGGACCUGUUUGCAGUCGCCGUCCAUGAGUUUGGUCACGCCAUCGGCCUGGUGCACACCUCAGCCAUGGAGUCCAUCAUGAGACCGUACUACCAGGGUCCUGUCGGAGACCCUCUCAAGUACGACUUACCCUAUGAAGACAAGGUCCGCGUCUGGCAGCUCUAUGGUGUCAGAGACUCUGUGUCCCACACCACUCAACCCGGCAACCCGUCCCAGACAGCAGAACCUCCAGUCCUGCUGGACCUCCCGGAAAACAGAUCGUCUGUCUUGUUGGUGCGAGAUUCCCCAGACAGAUGCGCCGGUCACUUUGAUGCCGUUGCCCAAAUACGAGGGGAGGCCUUCUUUUUUAAAGGAAAGUACUUCUGGCGACUAACACGAGAGAAGAACCUGGUGUCUCUUCGUCCGGCUCACAUCCAUCGAUUCUGGAGAGGCCUUCCCCCCAACGUCGACAGCGUGGACGCUGUGUAUGAGAGGCCCGGCGAUCACAAAAUAGUUUUUUUUAAAGGUAUAAAGUACUGGGUAUUUAAAGACAAUAUUGUGGAGGAGGGUUACCCGCGUCCAAUCAGCGACUUCGGCUUGCCUUUGGAGAGCGUGGAAGCGGCCUUUGUGUGGCUCCACAAUGAGAAGACCUACUUCUUCAAGGACAACCGCUACUGGCGCUACGACGACCACCUGAGGCGCAUGGAUCUGGGCUACCCUAAGGACAGCGCGUUGUGGAAGGGGCUGCCCCCGCACCUGGACGAUGCCAUGAGGUGGUCUGAUGGUUCAUCAUACUUCUUCAAGGGGAAGGAGUACUGGCGAGUGCCAAGCAGCGACAUGGAGGUGGAGGCGGACUACCCUCGCCUUAUUGCCAAAGACUGGCUGCUGUGCACCGACAUGCAAUCGGACUCGCCGGGCGCGGAGGCCAAGAGCACCGAGAGCCGAGCCAACGCGCACCCUCGCCCGGACCACGCCGAGAACGGCUACGAGGUGUGCUCGUGCACCUCGGACGGCGCCUCGCCUUUAGGGCCCCGGCCCUCGCCGUCUCCCUUGUGGCUGCUACCGCCCCUCUGGACGCUCUCGCUGGCCCUUGGCCCUCUGCCGCUAUGAUGCCAAAACACAAGAAGUACUUAAGACUCACUGGUAGACAUCCAGCUUACACUCAACACGGAACAUUUUCUUU